CUAACUUUAUCCAAACUUUCAAAAAUAAUUUCACCUUUCACAGUGAUGCAUAAUAAUCCUAACUUUACUCAAAUCUGUGAGUUUUGGAUCGGCGUUGAGUUACUAACGGUGAUUUAACGGAAACGACAUUUUUUGCGCAACAAAAUGAAAGUUAGGAUUAUUUUUGACGAAUUUUUCUUUUUUUAAUUUUUUUAUCUGUGUGUGUGUUCUGAAUAUAUUCGUAAAAUACCCUUAAUGAAUCGAAUAAAAAAUAGUGAAAUUUGCACUAAAUAAGACUAAAAGAUAAUGACUUUCCUAAUGUAUGACUUAAACUUUUUUAUUUUUUAAAUAGGAAUUAAUAAUGUCUUAGUGGAAGAAAUAAGGUAUAGUAAUGAUGGACAUUUUACUUGAAUAAUGACCAAAGGUCCUACAUUAAGAAAUAAAAACAUAUGGUCCUAUACCUAGAAAAUCAUUAUGUUUUAGUCCUAUUUAGAUAAAUUUUUCUAAAAAAUAUAUGGUUCAUUUACAACCCUAUUUUGGUGUACCCCAUUUAAAGACAAUCAUUGCUUACCAUUCAUUCUUUAUUUAUUUAUUACUCCCUCCGUCCUAAAACUUUCUUCUCACUUCCCUUUUUCCCCGUCCUAAAACUAUCUUCCCAUUAGAAAAAAAAGAUGACAAUUGACAUUAAUACCCUCAUGUAUUUACACUUAUUAUCUUCUAAUUCUAUAUUUUGAAUGAUUGCAAAAAAAAAUUCAAAAAAUCUUUUUUAAGGAGGAUAAAAUUUGAAAUCAAAGCCAAAAAUUGAAAAUGGAGAAAAAUCAAACUAGGAAGAAAGAAUUAGGACGGGGGAGUACUUGUUUUAAUCAACAUUUGAUUUAUAUAAUGAAGAUGCUUUGGUAUACAUACAGUUGGGUACACUUUUUUCGUUUAGAGCACUCACAAUGGGGUUCCAAAACACUGUCACGCCUUGCCACAUCAGCAUGUGGUAACAUGGUGCGAGGCAGUUCCCAGGCGUUCCACCCUACUCCCCGUUCCAUCACUGUUCCAUUCUUUUGGAUUUUUUUUUUAUUUUUUUCUCGUUUUUUUAUAAGGGAUGAUUUUUUUUUUUUGAGAUGAGGAGAGCAAGAUCUGGAAGAGAAGCAUAUGAGACGCCGACUAGCGUUUAAACUUUAUGUCCGGUGAAAAUACAUUGUCGUCUGUCGGCUUCCUAUUCAUACACGGCAAGUUUUCUGGCGAAAUUGGUGGAUGGCAAAGCUUGGACCGUAUUGGGGGUGAACCAAACAUGGAUUAAUUUAUUGAUUUAAAGGGAGUGAUUUCUUUGAUUAUUUAUUUUUAUUUUCUUUAAUUAGGAUUUUAGAAUUAUUAAAUUCAAUAAUUACAGAGUAUGAAUUUAGAUAUCUCAUAGUUCCUAUUGAAUUUAGAAAAGUAGUAAAAUUGUUUUUAAUAAAAAAUAUGACUAAAACAAUUUUUAAUAAAGAAAGUAAAUUACAAAAGAACAAACGUAAUGACUUGCCACUGCACAACGUUUCACUCCUUUUCCUUAUUAAUGUAUGACUGGAUUACUUCUGAUUGGUUAAAAAAAGUCUUGUCAGCGUGUGAGAUUUUAUUUUUAACUUGCCCUUGUUCAUGCUUACCAUUGUUCAUUAUUUUUAUUUUUAUGGAGUAGUAUCUGUCUUUCAUUACUUGGCAGAUACAACUUGGUCAGCAUUGGACCGUUGAUUCCGCCGGCGUUCCUAGACGAAGACGACCCAUCGGUCACCGCCUUCCGGGGUGAUCUGUUCGAGAACGGCGGCGACGACGACAUCAAUCGCUGGCUGAGAACGCAGCCGGAGUCAUCGGUGGUGUACAUCUCAUUUGGGAGCAUCCUAAACCCAUCCAAACCCCAAAAGGAAGAGAUAGCCAAAGCACUCCUGGAGACCAAACGGCCCUUCUUGUGGGUCAUAAGGAAGAAGCUCGAAAACGAAGCCGCCGGAGAAGAGGACGGGGAGCUGAGCCGCAGGGAGGAGCUGGAGAAACAGGGGAUGAUCGUGGGGUGGUGCGCCCAGACGGAGGUGCUCAAGCACCCCUCCGUCGGGUGCUUCGUGACCCACUGCGGCUGGAAUUCGACGCUCGAGAGCAUAUGCUCCGGCGUGCCCGUGGUGGCGUUCCCUCACUGGACCGACCAGGGGACCAACGCCAAGCUGCUCCAGGAUGUCUGGAGGACAGGGGUGCGCGUGGCGGCGCCGGUCAAGAAUGAGGGCGGGGUCGACGUGGUCGGAAGCGGGGAGAUAAAGCGGUGCAUCGAGAUUGUGACCGGCGACGGGGAGGAGGGGGAGGAGUUGAGAAGGAACGCUAGGAGAUGGAGGGAUUUGGCUUGGGAAGCUGCCCGGGAAGGUGGAUCUUCCGACAGGAAUCUCCGGUUAUUCGCCGAGAAAGUAGCGGGUCGUGUUGAAUAAGAAGCUAGAAUUGGUUUGUCUUUUCAAUUUUUUAAGUCAAUGGUGACACAAUAAUGAUAAAAAAAAACCUACUCCAAUGGGAUUUGUUGCUAUUUACCCAUACCCUGAAUGCUCUUGAGUGUUACAAGUCAUGUUUGUUCUUCUCUCUUUUUUUUACUUGUAUUCCUACCCGUGCAACGCACGGGUUCGGACGAUUUUUUUGUUACUCAGAUAAUUUUUUUAUCUUAUUUGUUGAUAUACCAUAAAUUUUUGGUAAUUGA